AUGGCCGUCUCUGCUGUUUCGACUGGCGGCUUGAUCGAUCCCACCAAACAAGCCGAAUACCCCGUGGUGCUGGGUGAUAGAUUGGCAGGGAGGGAAUCAAACUCAAAGUCGCAGUUGAUCAAUAUUCAGUACAAUUACAAGACCAAGUCUGCGACCGCGCAACAACGAUCUACAAUUACCCGUUCCCUGAAGUCUCGAGACCUCUAUAACCUUACGAUUUCCGACAAAGCACCAAAUGCGGAACGGAAUCCUUUGACAUACACUUAUCAAGGCAGUGUUGACCCAGAUCAAGCUGAGUCAGGGUCCGAUGAGCACAACUUGGUUCUUGUAUUUGACCCAGACAGGAAGGCAUUCGUGUUGGAUUCUGUCGCAACGCAGUUAAAUUUCAAUCUCCGUUCUGCUCCAGUAAAAACUGAGAAGCAGGUGAUUGAGCAAUAUACACAGCUUCGAACCCUGCACGAAGAUGAUCAACACGGGCCGAGUGAUGAUCGCACGUCGGACAACGGUGGGAACGACGAAGGCCCCGCUGAUGAGGGCAAUCCAUAUGAUUGGCGUCACUUCUUACCGAAGGACAAUGAUGACGAUAAAUCGGUAUCAGAUCACGAUCAACCUCCGUCGGACGCCCACUCUACCACAGGCAAAGCUAACACCCCACUGAUGCCUGCGGUCGCCAAGCCUCCCCCAACCUCGAAGCCGCGGUCAAAACCACAAACCAACCCGCUCCGUCAGAAGAAACGCGAGCCUGUAAAGGAACCAAAACCUUCCACAGCUAAGCCAGCUCCGGCUCCGACCCCGGCCCCGGCCCCAACAAAAGCCCCGACUCCAGCCCCCCCGGCUCCUGUCGACGAGGAGGUGGAAGAGUCGAAACCGUCACCUUCAGACACAGGCUCGGCCGCUGUAUCAUCUCAGAAGACUGUGCCAUCGCCUGGUUCGAACAUCAUAAUUGAUGGAGACCUAAUUAUUGACAUGGGAUCACCACCUCCUUCUCGUCCCACCUUCAACAUCAAUCCAGCCCACUUCUCAUCAAACAACACACCCGCCAAUGGUGCUGAAGAAGAAGAGGAUUAUGAUGCGGAGAUGGAGGAUCUGCGGCUCCCGUCUCCAGCUGGACGCAGGGAACCAGCACCCCCCAACCCUAUUGCAACUGCCCCAGCAGCUUCGGAUGGGGAAGAUGAUGAUGAUGACGACGAUGAUCCAUUGGCCGCUGAAAUGGAAGCCGCCUUUGAGGAGAGUGCACGAGAAGAAGAACAGGCCCAGGGGCAUCACUACCAGGCACCAUCACGACAGUACAACGUCCCCAGUGAUGAUGAGAGUGAGGUCAGUGAGGAGGAAUGA